AUGUCCGCUGAGAGGCUCCAGCUCUGGAAGUCCAUCGUCGACCACGACCGCCACGGCAACCUCUCUCAGGAGCUCAAGGACAAGCUCACGUACGCCCUCGCCUCCUUCACGCAGGAGAUAGACUUUGGCGACGAUGUCAUGCGCCAUUUCAAGGCCACCGAGCUCUCUCUCUUCGAUAGGCCAGAGGACGGCAAGAAACACGCACGCGUCGUAAUCCAGGUCGACGUGCAUCGAGGGAUGAUGAACUCGCGCAACAAUCUGCACGGGGGGUGCAUUACUUAUCUCGUCGACAUCUGCUCCUCCGUGGCAUUGAGCCUGCUCGGCAUUGCAACGGGUGGUCCGGUCGAAUUGGUUUCACAAUCUAUCAAUACCAUCUUCCAUGCGGGGGCAACUCUCGGCGACAGGUUGCACAUCAUCAACGAAUCAGUGUCAGCAGGAAGCCGGGCAGUGACUGCUCGCGUCGAGAUAUGGGACAUCACUCAUCACCGUCUUGUCGCGACUGGCACUCAUAUCAAGAUGACGCCUGGGGUCCCCAAGACUAAAUUGUAG